AUGCAUCAAGAAGCAUUAUGCGAAGAGGUAUUAAUGUUGAGCUCUACUAUGAAGAUUAUAAUUAAAGUUAUAAAUUUAAUUAGAGAUGGGAAUGGGUCACUUUUGCAUAAAAAAAAAUUUCAAGCAUUUUUACAAGAUGAAAAUUUAUGUUUGUAUAAUGAUGUACGUUGGUUAAAAUUUUUACAAAAUGAAUCAAACACUAGUAUCAAAGAUAUACAGGAGAAUUUUAAGAAAAUCAAAUUUUUAAGUGAACUGGCAUUUUUAACAGAUAUUACAUGUCAUCUAAAUCAUUUAGAUUUGCAAUUGCAAAAACAAAAUAAUACCAUUUCUGAUUUGACUGGUUAUGUUAAUGGAUUCCAGAAUAAACUUAAAUUAUUUAUUAUUGAAUUGGAAGCAAAUGAGUUACAUCAUUUUCCAUCCUGCGAAGAAAUUGCUAAGUGUCAAUCAAAUGUAAACUUUUUGAUAUUUCGACCACAGCUAUUAAAGAUUCAAGAACAAUUUCACAGAUGUUUCAAAGAUUUCAACUUAUUGAAGAAUGACCUGCAAAUUUUUAAUAAUCCAAGAGGAUGUAUAAUGAAAGAACAAGAAAUUCCAUAUAGAUUAGAACUUUGUAAUUUACAAGCUGAUCCAUUUUUGCUUAGUAGAAACAAAUAUGAUUUAGGUUUGAAAAUAUGUUCUAUGUUUGGAUCAACGUAUAAAUGCGAAAAUGGUCUUUCUAUUAUGAAAUAUAUCAAAUCAAAAUAUCGUGCUAUGCUAACAGAAGAAUCUUUAUGUUCUUUGCUAAGACUAGCAACGAGUAUCAUUUCUAUUGAUAUACCGUCACUAGUUAAUGAAAUGACCCAUCCACAAUUUUCACACUAA